AGGAUUUCGUAUAAAAGGACACCCAAGGUCAUGGGUCAGGCUCUCCAUAAUAAAGCAAUCGAAGAUACUAUACCAUGUCUCUCAGUGCAGGCUUAUACAUCAUCCGGAACGGUGACAACAUUGUCGGUCGACGAUUUGCCGAAGACAGAAGCCUCCUCCCGAAAAAAAUUGUCCUGAGCCCAAGUGGCAGUAAUUCCACGUGGGUCUUUGAAAAAUGCGGCAAUGGCAGUAACGAAUACAUCAUCAAGAGUAACGGUUCUCCGACUGCGCACAUCGAGGACAAUGUGUUUGCGAUCCUGAUGGAUGUUGGUGAAAUCACGAACUGGAUCGUUGAACCUGUCCCCCAGCACAGUGAAAACUCCUAUAUCAUCACAACUCUAGAUCGUACCUCGGGCUGGGUAGCACCAACGGAAAUCGAUGAACAGAUCGCAUGCAAGCCUUUGAUUGUUAUGCCCACCUUCCCACCUCGAUACCCUCCUAAUGAAGUCUUCCAGAUCAUCAAAGUCGAGUAACGUAUUAUAGUUAUGGGUCCGAAAUGAAAAGAUAUUUUCUGAUUAUUGAUAUGGUGAUUGUCAACGUGGGGGAACCGCGAGGCUUGGUUCUGCGUAAAUCUGGGCUUUGCAUAAAUCCGCGAAAAUGAGAAGUUUUGUUUCUUCUGUCCGAUUUUUGAAUGUUCCGGAAUUGGAACCCCGCUGUGACCCGACAGAGGACUCGACGUAGCAACAACAAGCACCCG